GCUGGCAAAGAAGGAGAUUGUACAGAGAAACCAGUUAUUAUAAUAAUGGUGCGAUAGUUUGUGUGGUACGUGUCUAGCACUUUGUAAUAUAACUAAAUGGAUGGAUCCGCAUGUGUGAGAAAAGGCUUAUGGAGUGAAGUGGAAGAUACCCUUCUCAGGACCUGUGUGCGACAAUAUGGUGAAGGACAAUGGCACUUAGUCCCUACAAGAGCAGGCUUGAACAGGUGCCGCAAGAGCUGCAGAUUGCGGUGGUUGAAUUAUCUAAAGCCAAAUAUCAAGAGGGGAGAGUUCACUGAGGACGAAGUUGAUUUGAUGCAAAGAUUGCAUAAUCUUUUGGGAAACAGAUGGUCCUUGAUUGCUGGAAGACUUCCAGGAAGAACUCCAAAUGAUGUGAAAAACUACUGGAACACCUACAUUCGAAGGAAGGUAUCAUCAUCUCACAAGGUGGUGAUCAAUGAAAAGCAAAAGAAAACAACAGUGAAGCCUCAUGUGGUGAUAAAGCCUAAGGCUCGAACUUUCUCAAGACCUUCACCCUCCGGGUUGAGAGGGAGUAGUGUUCUUAGAGAAGAAGGUGGUGAGAGUGGGGCCAAACACUGCUCAACUCAUCAUCAAGCAUGUGCAGCUUCAUCAGAGUACAUUAAUAAUUGGAGUACUGAUCAGUGGUGGAAAACUAUGAUGCACGACAAGGGGGACAACUUAGACAACAACCAAUGCUUGUUGGGCUACCAGGAUGAGGUUGGGAAGCUCGUGAAAGACAAUAAUUGUGAUGAGAAUCUUGCUUCCUUGACAACACAAGAAGGAGAGUUUCUUAUAGAAGGGCAAAAUUGGAGUGAUUUUUUUCUUGAUACAAAUUUGUGAGAUUCGUGAUUUUAUUUUAAUUAAUGUACAAUAAUGGUUGUAAGAUUUUAUGUAUUUAUGGUUUAAAAUGUAAGAAUUUGCUAAACUAUAUCACAAGUUGUAACAAAAAAAAAAAGAAGAAAAAAGAACUAUAAGAGUGAAAGAAAUGUAGUAAGAUCAUACGUACAAAUUAUAUUGUGAGAGCUUCAGUACUGGUACAUGCUCAUAUAUGUUCAAAGCAUCAAUAUGUAAGAUAUUUUCUUG